GAAGUCGAGCGAGCGCCACAUGUUCUUCCUGCUCACCUGUCGCAUCCCGCUGACGUGGCUCACCUGACGCCUCUAGCUGUGUCUGUCGUUCGCGCGCCGUGUGAGAAAGCCCAAACUCUUCUACAGGUGAACGGGGCAAUGGAACGCAAAAAUUCAACGGCAUUCGUCGGGGGCGACCCAAGUAAAACUGUGAACGGCAUUCCUCAGUGGAACGUGGCUGUGUGCGGGCCGGCGCUCUUCUACUACCACGACGACAUCUCCAUCAGCUUGGUCGAAUGGCUGGAGCUGCUGAGGGCCCAGGGCGUCGCGAAGGUGUUCCUGCUUGAGACCAGCGUCCACCCCAACAUAGAGAAGGUCCUGCGGUACUACGAGGCAGACGGCUUUGUUGGUGUUACAAAAUUCUCAUACCCAGUACCUUAUGCCAACGAACCAAAUGUCCGAAGGCUGUGGGUUUUGCUGGAGCGGUCAAAACUCUUCGGGAUGGAAAACAUAUACUUCACGGACUGCCUCCUUCGACACAUGCACGAGUACCGCUUCAUCUCCCACUUCGACCCCGACGAAAUGCCGAUGCUGCCGAACCACGACUCCUUCCCCUCGUGGCUCUACGACCAGAUCCGAAAAACAAAAUCAAAGAAACACCCGUCCUACGACCUCUCCUGGUACUACCACCACAGCGACCUCGAGCCUGCCGAGGACAAGUCCCUCCCGAAGCACCUCUGGUUCCUGAGACACACGAGGAGAACGACCUUGGACGUCUUCCCUUCCCUCAGGAAACCCACCUACGACAUGGACGUUGUUACGAGCGUCUUCUCGCACGGAGCGUUGACCUGUGUUUAUGGGAAAUGCAAGAGGCGGGGCUACCAAUGCCCACGGAGGGAAGCGUACCUCGGCCACUACAGGAGGGACUGCGGAGAGGCCUGCAAGAAACAGAAGUCUGUGUUGGACGUACCUUCUCUCCUGAAGUACAAAGAUCAAGUGUCCUCGGCGGUCAACAAGGUUUUGGUAAAACUAGAGUUGAUAUGACCGCUGAAGGACAUUCUGGUUCCUAGUCCUUUUUGACAGUUUGUAUAGUUGUAAGUACUUGUUAAA